CUGCGAGCCUCUCUUCAUUUGUCAUUUGCUGGAGAACCUUGGCUUUCACCCUUGUAUAUCGAGUGAUCAACACGAUGUCAUGACCGAGCAACGCCAUGUUUACUUACACGAACGCCCUGAACUCUGUUGUAUGCACAGCCCGCCCCGUGAUACUUAUGAUGCUUGUGAUCCGGACAAGGAAACCACUGCGGAUAGGGGUCAAAGCCAGCAUCCAACUAUGGGCCUUUCAUGCGGCUCCAACAUAAGCCCUAGCCGUCACAGCCGUACCGUAGAUGAUGAGGCUUAGAAGGUGACUAUCGUGGCUGUCAGAUAACAAGAAGGACAACGGGCGCAGCCUUGUCUUGUGCCUGAUAAAAAAUUGGGAUACAAGUACGUCCGAGGACUCCUCUACUUGUCUCUUUCUGUUCAUACUCUACAAAAUAGCGAAUAAGGCUGAAAUACUGCUAUUAUCGAAAUUAUCUUCUCAUUCGAUAUUGUGAACACCCAUUCUUGACUACAAGUAUACUAUACAGCGGCAAAAUGCGUUACGCAAUCUCUCGACCAAGCGAAUACCUCCUGCUCACAGGAGCAGGAGUCGACGAUAUCCAGAUCAAAAAGAAGGCCUUUGUGAUGCCAUGGCAGCGAGUGAGUAUCUGCUAACGACAAACAAUUUCUAGCGGCUCGUACUCCUGAGAAAUACUAAUAGGUCAAAUAGUGUUCAAGAAUUUCUGUAGCACCGUUCGACUUCUCGAUGAACCUCC